AAACCACCCAGUCACACACACACACAGAAACAAGAUGGCGGAGCACAGCAGCAGCUGUGGCUCCACAACAAGCCGCUUUUGAUAAAACUUCACUAGACUUCGUUUUGCUCGUCCUCUCUGGUCCGGACCGGAUUCAUGAGUUCUCCGAACCGCCUCUGACGGUCCUUCCACCGGCUGGUUGUGUCUGCCCGCCGCCUGAAGCCCCAUCAGUGGGAAGGUCUGACGUCGGGCGUCCAGCAUGGCGGCAGCGUCUUACGAUCAGCUGCUGAGGCAGGUGGAAGUGUUGAAGAUGGAGAACUCCAACCUCAGACAGGAGCUGCAGGACAACUCCAACCACCUGACCAAGCUGGAGACGGAGGCGUCCAACAUGAAGGAAGUGCUGAAGCAGCUGCAGGGCACCAUAGAAGAAGAGUCCGGGGAGGCGCCCGGCUCUAGCCUGGAGCUCAUAGAACGGCUGAAAGAAAUGAGCCUGGACCCGGCCGGCUUCAAGACCAGGACCAGACCUCCUCUUCCGCCCUCGUCCUCCUCCAGCUCGGCCUCCUCUUCCUCUGGAACCCCGGCGGGAGCCGCGGGAGGCUCCGCGGCCCCGGGACCGCCAUCGGCUGCCUUCCCCCGGAGAGGCCUGCUGUCUGCGGGCAGAGAGAGCCACGACUGCUGCCUGGAGGAGCUGGAGAAGGAGAGGUCCCUCCUAUUGGCUGAGCUGGAGAAGGAGGAGAAGGAGAAAGACUGGUACUAUGCUCAGCUGCAGAAUCUCACCAAGAGGAUCGACAGUCUGCCUCUUACCGAGAAUUUCACUCUGCAGACGGAUAUGAGUCGCCGCCAGCUGGAGUUUGAGGCUCGUCAGAUCCGAUCGGCGAUGGAGGAGCAGCUGGGGUCGUGUCAGGAGAUGGAGAGGAGAGCUCAGGCUCGCGUGUCUCGUAUCCAGCAGAUCGAGAAAGACAUCCUGCGGCUGGGAGCCAGACUGCAGGUGGAGGGAGCUCAGAGUGCUGGGGACAGCAGCGGGUUGGCUGCAGCUCAGAGUUCCAGCAGCCGACUGGACCAGGACUCUGCCAGUGAGACCAGCUACUCUGUGCCUCGACGAAUCACCAGCCACCUGGGAACAAAGGUGGAGAUGGUGUACAGCCUGCUGUCCAUGCUGGGAACUCACGAUAAAGACGACAUGUCACGCACGCUGCUAGCCAUGUCCAGCUCGCAGGACUCCUGCAUCGCCAUGCGUCAGUCGGGCUGCCUGCCGUUGCUCAUCCAGCUGCUGCACGGCAAUGACAAGGACUCCCUGUUGCUAGGUAACUCCCGCGGCAGUAAGGAGGCCCGGGCGAGGGCAUCGGCCGCUCUGCACAACAUUGUGCACAGCCAGCCUGACGACAAGAGGGGGCGCAGGGAGAUCAGGGUGCUCCACCUGCUGGAGCAGGUGCGCCACUACUGCGAGGCGUGCUGGAGCUGGCAGGAGAACCACGAGAGGGGCGUCGACCAGGAGGACAACCCCAUGCCGUCUCCUGUGGAGCAUCAGAUCUGUCCGGCUGUCUGCGUCCUCAUGAAGCUGUCCUUCGACGAGGAGCACCGCCACGCCAUGAACGAGCUGGGAGGUCUGCAGGCAGUGGCAGAGCUGCUGCAGGUGGACUGUGAGAUGUUUGGGCUGAGCAGCGACCAUUACAGCGUCACGCUGCGAAGAUACGCCGGCAUGGCGCUCACCAACCUCACCUUUGGGGAUGUCGCCAAUAAGGCUACGCUCUGCUCCAUGAAAGGCUGCAUGAGAGCCAUGGUGGCUCAGCUCAAGUCUGAGAGCGAGGACCUGCAGCAGGUGAUAGCCAGCGUCCUGAGGAAUCUGUCAUGGCGUGCCGACGUCAACAGCAAGAAGACGCUGCGCGAGGUCGGCAGCGUGCGAGCGCUGAUGGGCUGUGCUCUCGAAGUGCAGAAGGAGUCCACGCUGAAGUCGGUGCUGAGCGCGCUCUGGAACCUUUCGGCUCACUGCACGGAGAACAAGGCGGACAUCUGCGCCGUGGAGGGCGCUCUGGCCUUUCUGGUCGGGACGCUGACGCAUCGCAGCCACACCAAUACGCUCGCCAUCAUUGAGAGCGGCGGGGGAAUCCUCCGGAACGUUUCCAGCCUCAUCGCCACUAACGAGGCGCACAGGCAGAUCCUGCGGGAACAUGGCUGCCUCCCGACGCUGCUGCAGCACCUGAAGUCUCACAGUCUGACCAUCGUGUCCAACGCCUGCGGGACGCUGUGGAACCUGUCGGCCAGAGACGCCAAAGACCAGGAGACGCUGUGGGAGCUGGGAGCGGUGGGAAUGCUGCGCAAUCUGAUCCACUCCCGACACAAGAUGAUCGCCAUGGGCAGCGCCGCCGCCCUGCGUAACCUGAUGGCCAACCGUCCAGCCCGCUACAAAGACGCUAGCGUUGUGUCGCCAGGAGCUGGCGCCCCGUCGCUGCACGCCCGGAAGCAGAAGGCGUUAUUCGAGGAGCUGGAUGCACAGCAGCUGUCGGAAACCUUCGACAACAUCGACAACCUGAGUCCCAAGGCGGCAAACAGGAAGGGGCGGAGCUGCAACGGCGCCGGAGCCGCAGGUGGUCACGCUGCCCGCUCCUACACCAACACGCCUGUGUUGUCGAGCCCAAAGAGCGGCGACGGAUCCAAAAGGACAAGCGAGGAGGCGGCGUACGCCCGGUCUGUGUUCCCGCCCAGCGUACGCGCCUCCAGCGACUCGCUGAACAGCGUGACCAGCACCGACGGCUACGGCAACCGCGGCAAAACCAAGCCCUCCUCAAACCCCUUCUACUCCUCGGAGGAGAGCGGUGCCAACAAGUGUUGCGUCUACAGGAAGUACCCCGCCGACCUGGCACAUAAAAUCCGCAGCGCCAACCACAUGGCCGACGACGACGGGGCGGAGCUGGACACGCCCAUCAACUACAGCCUGAAGUACUCUGACGAGCAGCUGAACUCUGGGAGACAGAGCCCGAGCCAAGAUGGAGACCAAGAGCAGGACGUCAGGCUGCGGAGGAACGACGGCGGCGAUACGGGUCACGGCGGCAGCCGCCUGGCGUCUGGACAGUCGCAGCGCUACGUCGUUUCAGGGACGUCGAGCUACGCUGCCGACUCCACUCCUGAGCAACCCAUCGACUACAGCCUGAAGUACGGCGCCGACUCUGCUCGCAAACCUCUCUUCAAGCAGGAUGAGACGGCCAUCCCUUCUCUGGCUCCUCCCACUUCCUCCACCACCAACAAGCUCCGCCCCCUGCCUCCUGCAAACUCCCGCACAGUGACAAAGAGUAACCAGGAGUCCACACAGACAUACUGCGUGGAGGACACGCCCAUCUGCUUCUCCAGGGGCAGCUCGCUGUCCUCGCUGUCCUCAGAGGAGGACGAGGACGCCGACGUCAUCACGAGGAAGACCAAAGGCGGCGGCGGCGGAAACGAGUACCCGACGCUUCCUGUCGGCGAAAAAGAUUCUCAUGAGCAGCAGCAGCAACGGCGUCAGCAGAAAGAGGCGGAAAGCCAGACGUCUGCCGCUCCGUCGACACGAGGGCGGAGAGGUCACCACCACCACCACGGACACCAUCAUCACCACCAUGCGACGUCCUCGUCGUCAGGCGCCAGGACGCCAAAGAGCCCCCCGGAGCCGCCGUAUGCCCAGGAAACGCCGCUGAUGUUCAGCCGCUGCACAUCAGUCAGCUCCCUGGACAGCUUCUCCACCUCCUCCAUCGCCAGCUCCGUGCGCUCCAGCGAGCCGUGCAGCGGCAUGCCAAGUGGCGUGGUCAGCCCCAGUGACCUCCCGGACAGCCCCGGGCAGACCAUGCCCCCGAGCCGCGCCAAGACGCCGCCGCCGCCGCUGCCGGCGGAGAAAAACAAGCAGGAGGAAAAUGUCAAGAAGGAGGAGGAGAGCAGCGUGGACGUCCUGCUGCACUUCGCCACAGAGAGCACGCCGCACGGCUUCUCCCGCGCCUCCAGUCUGAGCGCGCUCAGCCUGGAUGAGCCGUACAUCGCAGCGAAUAUAAAGAAGGCGGAGCAGCAGGAGGAAGCGGGCAAGGAGGCGAAGGAGGAGCCUCUGAAACAGAUCCUGGACGAAUCCGACGACGACAACGAGAUCUUGGUGGCGUGCAUCAAUAUGGCCAUGCCCAAGUCGUCCCAGAAACCAAAGAAACCGCAGCCCGCGGCGCCACGGAAACCCAGCCAGCUUCCUGUAUACAAGCUCCUCCCUCCACAGAGCCGAGCCCUGCCCAAUCAGAGAAAGGACGCUCCACCCCCGCCCGAGGAGGUGCCUAGAGUUUACUGCGAGGAGGGAACGCCGCUCAACUUCUCUACCGCGACCUCGCUCAGCGACCUGACCAUAGAUUCCCCGCCCAAUGAGGAGGUAGCCCCGCCUCCCGCCGCCCCGAGAACAAGAGCCGGGGUCCCAGAGGGGGAGAACGGCGACGACAUCUUAGCAGAAUGCAUCAGCGCCGCCAUGCCUAAAGCCAAACCCAGGAAACCCGUCAGAGCUGCCGAAAGCAACGAGGUCUUUCAGGCCACACCCCUUCUUCCCACAGCGUCUGCGCCGCCACCACCGCCUCUCUGCCAGCCACAGCUGAAGAAGAAACCCACCUCCCCCGUGAAGCCCAUGCCUCAGCGGGCGCCGUACAGCGUCCCCACCGCAGCCGCCGCCAAACCAAAACCAGGAUUUGCCUUCGAUUCACCGCGCCACUACACCCCCAUCGAGGGAACGCCGUGCUGCUUCUCCCGUAACGACUCUUUGAGCUCCCUGGACUUCGACGAGGACGAGGCCGUAGAAAAGGAGGGAGAGGACAGGAAGAGCAAAGAGGAAGAAAACAGGAAAAGGAAGCAGCAGACGGCCGCCGUCUUCCCUCGAACCAAAGCCGCAGCCGGUCAGAUGGUCACGGACGAGAAGCAGAAGUUCGCCAUCGAAGACACGCCCGUCUGCUUCUCCAGAAACCCCUCGCUGAGCUCGCUGAGCGACAUCGACCAGGAGAACAACAACAAGGAGUUCGCACCUCCCCCGCAGCAGGAGGAGGAGGAGGAGGCGGAGCCUGAAAGGGGAGAGGCAGCAGCGAAACCUCUCCCCCCUACGGAGGUGGAGUCCAAGCCCCGCCCCCCUGCAGCCAGCGGUUACGCUCCUAAAGCGUUCCACGUGGAGGACACCCCGGUCUGUUUCUCCAGGAACUCCUCACUCAGCUCCCUCAGCAUCGACUCUGAGGACGACCUCCUGCAGGAAUGCAUCAGCUCCGCCAUGCCCAAGAAGAAGAAGAAGUCCGCCGCACUUCCUGCACCCGCUGCCAUCGCUACGCCGGCUCCUCCCUCCAAGGCCGACGAAGGCAUUCUGGCCGAGGAGGAGCCCUCAGAGGCACCGAGAAGCCCCACCUCCCCUGACUCAGAGUCCUUUGACUGGAAGGCCAUCCAGGAAGGCGCCAACUCUAUAGUCAGCAGCCUGAACGCCGCCGCUGCCUCGUCCCUGUCUCGCCAGCCGUCAUCGGACUCUGACUCCGUUCUCUCCCUGAAGUCUGUCGGUUCCCCCUUCCACCUGCCGAGGGCCAAUAAGAACGCUGAUGAGGAGGAGGAGGAGGAGGCGCUGCAGGUGAAGCGAGGCGCCCGCAUCCUAAAGCCAGGCGAGCGCAGCACGCUGGAGGCCAAGAAGAAGGAGGAGGAGGACGAGGAGGAGGCGAGGGCGUUGAGGGGCGGGAAGAAGGUGUACAGGAGUUUGAUCACAGGUAAACCCAGGGCAGAGCCGGCGGCCAGGGGGCGGAGCAAACCGAGAGCGGCAGCUGUGGCCAAACCUCCAGGAGGCAGCGACAGCGCCGAGAGAGGAGGUGGGUCUUCCCGGGACUCCACCCCCUCUCGGUCAACCGCAGCAGCCAAUCAGAAAGCAGGGAAGCUGUCCCAGCUGCCACGAACCGCGUCUCCAGGAAGUGCCUCGUCAACGUCUUCCUCUAGAGCAGCCAAACAGGGCGCCCCAAAGAGCGCCGGCAUCCCGAGAAGCGACUCGGCCUCCAAGCUCAGCAGCUCCGCCUCCACCAAGAAGCAGAAGGCGGAGCCUGAGAAGCCGGCUCUCGUCCGACAGUCGACCUUCAUCAAAGAGGCUCCGAGUCCCACACUGAAGAGGAAACUAGAGGAGUCGUCCUCAGCAGUGCCGGCGUUGGAGUCGCCAUCCAGCCCUGAAACUCUGCUUCCUCCCGCCGCCAGAAAAGAUGUCAACCGCUCACAGUCAGAGAGUCCGUCACGCCAACAGGACGCCGGCUCAUCGCGCCUGAGCCGCACCGGCACCUGGAAGAGGGAAACCAGCAGCGCCGGCACAGGAGCGAGCGGCGGGAAGCACUCCACCUCUUUACCUCGGGUUGGCACGUGGAAGAGGACGGGCAGCUCGUCGUCGGUGCUGUCGGCGUCAUCAGAGUCCAGUGAGAAGGGGCGAAGCGAGGACGGUACCAGCAGGUCCAAAGGGACAUGGCGGAAGGCCAAGAGCAACGUCGGCGACUCGGCGGCGGCCAAAUCAGAGGAUGUUUGGGUUCGCCUGGAGGACUGUCCCGUUAACAACCCCCGCUCGCCGUCCUCCUGCUCGUCCCGCUCCCCCACCACCGCCAACGCCCCACCGGUCAUCGACAGCCCCGCCCCCUCAAAGAACCCCUCCUCUUCAUCCUCCUCAUCCUCUAACCUCAAUCUCCGGCGGAGCUGUGAGAGUUUGGACGACCAGCCUCCGCCGCCGCCCGACCGCCAGCAGCAGCAGCGUAGUCAGCAGCGCAGCGGCGCCGUGGCGGCUCGAGUCAGUCCCUUCAACUACACGCCCAGCCCGAGGAAGAGCAGCACAGAAAUAAGCUCCGCCCCCACACAGCCAACCAGCAGCACGUCCACCACCCCCACGCGGCCGUCUCUCAUCCCCACCCCAGUAACCAAGAAGCGCGAGCCGAAGGGCGGAGACGGAGGCGGCGGCGGCGGAGAGCGCGGCUCCUACAUCGUCACGUCCGUGUAAAUCCACGACAGAAAUCGAGUUUGGGAGCGGAAACAGAAUAGGAAGUGAUUCAGUGUUUUAGCUCCGCCCCCAUCCUUCUGCUGCUUGAUUAGCUCCUCCCACCUGCCUGGGAGGAAACUUAAACUUUAUAUGUUUUUAUACCACUAAUGAUCCGUAGCGCUUAGCUCCGCCCCCUGUUCUUCCCUGCAUGGUCCCGCCCCUUCAUAACAAUGUUACCAUGGUGACCCGGAGACGAUGAUGUUGAUGAUGUUUCUGAUAGCUUUAGCAUCUGGAAGAUCUGCUGUUUUUAUAAAUGGUUUGGUUCUGAACAAAGUUCUGAUGCUGCGAGUCGGUCCAAUCGGCUGAUCCGAUGUUAGAAUGCGAUCCAUGAUCAGAAACCAGAACCGGUCCUGAACAUUUGAACUAAUCUGAUGUCAGAUUAUUAACUAACUAACCUGUUCUGGGCUCAGGUUCUGGGUUCUUUCUUCUCUUUGAAUAACAGAACCAGUUUCCUCAGCAAGCCCGGCUCUGUUCAGAACCGCCGUCUGAUAUUUCCCGUUCUGUCGCCUUGGAAACGAGUAACACUGUAAAGCGUAAAUUAUUGCUGUAAACCUGCAGGCAUUUGGAUUCUGAAGCACAUAUUUAACAUAUUUUUGCUUGAAUGCUGAUUUUCACUGAUUCCUGCCGAAGGAAAAAAAGACUCUAAAGCAAAAACCUUCAUGUUUAACUGAAGAUGAUCAAUAAAGUUCAACACAAGCUGC